GUUAAAGGUCACAGCAAGUCUGAAAGAGCACUGAGCAUUUGAAAGGAAAGAAACUUGGAGUUAGCAACAAUCAAAGUUUGGCAACUUUUUAAGAGGUAUACAUCAUGGCACUUAUGGGGAAGGUGGCGCUAAUAACCGGGGCAGCUCAGGGCCUCGGGAAGGCGUUCUCCGAAGCUCUACUGAAACGAGGAGCGAGGGUGGCGAUGUUAGAUAUGAAGCCAGAGGAAGGAGAGCGGACAGGACAGGAGAUGGCAGAAAAGUUUGGACCCGAGAACUCCAGAUUCAUCCAGUGUGACGUGACGGCUAGUGAACAACUGGAUGGUGCCUUCGACAAGGCCAGCUCCCAUUUCGGAGGUCUGGACCUGGUGGUUAACAAUGCUGGCAUCCUGAAUGAGGUACAGUGGGAGAGGUGCCUGGCUAUAAACUUGGAAGCUGUCAUCAGAGGGACCUUUACUGGACUGAACCACAUGAGCACCCAAAACGGGGGAAGAGGGGGUCACAUCAUUAAUGUUGCCUCUAUAGCAGGGUUGCUGAGUUCCAUCCCAGCUGCUCCCGUGUACACAGCAUCCAAACAUGGUGUGGUUGCAGCAUCCAGGUGCAUGGGGCAUGCGAUGCACUACAAACGGCACGGUGUGAGGGUGAACGUCAUCUGUCCAUCCUUCACAGACACCGACAUCGUCAAGGUGACAGAAGACUCCAUGGGCAAGGAUUUUUGGAUGGUACCAAAAACUUAUGAGAAGCUCGGAGGUCUGCUUCCGGUCUCUACAGUUGUGGAGGGAUUUCUCCAACUUGUAGAAGAUGAGACACGGAAUGGAGCAGUCAUGAGGGUGACUCUGGCUAAAGGCAUUGACUUUAAAAAGUACAGAGAAGACAUGUUUUAAACACAGU